AUGACUCUCAACGGGACCCUGACUCGGGAAUUCUCCCAAGUCCCCGUGUCGGCACUCUCAUCCUGGCGUUCCCCGACUACUGGCACCGUCCUCAUCCUGACAGCCGAAGACACGGACCUCAAGAUAUACGAGGAGCACUCGGGCCGCCUGACGCGGCAGAUCAGCAUCUUUGACGAGCAGCCCGUGCACGGCGUCGACGUCGCGUCUGACGGGACGGCCCUGGUAUGGGGAGGCAAGCAGCUGGCAGUCUUCAGCCUCGCCGACCACCACGACCAGCAGGCUGUCGUUGCGCGCGCCGGGGCGCCAGACUGGGUAUACCACGGGAGGUUUUCACCCGACGAGGACGAGGCUGUCGUUGUGACGGCGCACAACGACGCCGUCCGUCUCAAGAUCAGCCGUGACCCCGCGCCGGCCAUCGCCGUGCUCGACGUCGUGUCGCCCGCUCGGCCGAUCCUGUACGCGGCACAGGUGUCGUGGGUGCGGGGGGACUGCGUCCUCGUCGCGGCGGGGACGGCCUUUGGCGAGAUCCUCGUCUGGAUGUGUUCCUGGCCGUCGUCGUCGUCGACAGGCGGCCCGGCGUGGUCCUCGCACGAGAUGCUAUAUGUCCUCACGGGGCACGAGGGGUCUAUCUACGGUCUUGAUAUCUCGCCGCCCCUCCGGCUGGAUGAAAGUCAAGAUGGGAGCGGCAGCACGGUGCGCCUGCUGGCCACGUGCAGCGACGACAGGACCGUACGCAUAUGGGAUAUUACCGAGACGAGGUCCAGCCAGACAUACGGGGCCGACCACUUUAGUGCGCCGCGUGAGACGGGCUUCACCGGUAUCGCAGAGACGGUUAAUAAGCAUGCUCCGCUGGCUGUGGCUAUGGGUCACCUAUCCCGUAUAUGGGGGGUCAAGUUCGCUCUGGAAGGCCCCCUGGGAGGAGGAGAGUGGAAGGGCUGUCGUCGUCCCCUGCCGGUGUAUACUUUUGGAGAGGAUGCUACGACGCAGCUGUGGAAUCUUGGAUUGCAGAUCGAUGAUGUUGGCAGGCUCACCGGGGGUGACCUGGUGCACAAGGGGACUAUGUCAUUGCAUGACGGGAAACACAUAUGGGCUUCGUGCCUCACCCCCUCGGGCGGGCUGGCUACGGGCGGGGCGGAUAGCAAGGUAUCGCUUAUACGGAGAUAUGACGCUGCUGACGAUGAUGGGCUUAUUACCUUUGACGUUCAGGGUAUCUGCCCCGACGAUGCCCCAACAACAGAAGUAGCAGCAGCAGCAGAAUCUAGAGAAGAAGAAGAAGAAGAAGAAGAAGAAGAAGAAGAAAAGGGUGUAGAAGAGACGACAGAAACGACAGAGGAAAAAGUGGAAGACGCAUCCUCGGGAACCAAAACAACGGACAAGAAGAAGACGAAGAAGAAGAAGAAGAAGAAGACCAAGCCAGAGGCAGUGGGUCGCUUCGACUACAUAUCGGCAAACGAGCUACUCGUCAUCACAUCGGCGGGAAGACUCCUCCUGGGGACCUUCGACUCGGACGACCAGGUCCAUUGGGAGCGCAUCCACGCAGCGCCGGGAGACGACGACUUGAAGCGCUGCUACGUCCUCAAGUGCGCGUGCGACGGGGCGGCUGUGCUGGGCACCACGGAUGGCAACGUGUACAUGUACCACGGUCGACGGGUCACGCGCGCCGCCACCGUCCCGGGGAAGAUAGUUGAGAUAAACUGCCUCGUCUCGGGCGUCGCCGCGACGACCGACGUACUCGUCCACACGUACGGAUCCGUGGAACCGUACCACCUCUCACUGGAUGUCGAGUCAGCCCACCUGCUUGACCAGGCACGAAUCCGCGGGUUGGACCACCGCUUCGUGCCCGUCUCAGCGGCCAGGGUGGGCGAGUACCUCGUCCUCGGGUCACGACACGGGUACCUGUCGUUUGCGCGGAGGGCGGGGUCGGGAGGAUUUACCAGGGAGUUGGAGCUGGCGCCGCAGAACCGUGACGCGGUCACGUCGAUUGUGGCCCUCCCCGGCGAGACCGGGUGCUUCAUGGCAACCAGCCGAGAUGGCCGGUACAGAACCUACGAGAUGCAAGAGAAGGAGUCGGAGGGUGGGGAUGUGCUGCGCGUCCGCCUGCGUCACGAUGGGGCGCCGCCGUUCGGCCCGCUGCUAGAAGGCGCAUGGAUGGCGAGGACAGCCGCCGAUGAAGAAGAUGGGGGGCCACCGUCGUCACGUCGGGACCUGGUAGUCUUCGGGUUCAGGACCAAGAGGUUUGUCGUGUGGAACGAGACGCGGCGCGAGGAGCGAUUCUCCGUCGACUGCGGCGGCGGUCACCGCACCAUCAGCUUCCGGCAUGGCGACUCCGACUCGUCCCGUCUGCGCUUCGCCUUCAACAGGGCGUCCAAGCUGUCCAUCCUGUCGCAGACGUCGCCCCGGUGCGGCACGCUCAAGAAGGGCACGCACGGAAGGGAGAUCCGGGCCAUAAGCUCCAAUGGGCGGUAUGUGGCCACGGGGGCCGAGGACACGUCGAUCCGCAUAUGGGAGUACGCCCGAGCUGGAGUGGACCAAGAAAGAGAGGAUGACACUGCUGGCACCGGUACGGCUAGCGGCGGGGCAGCGGCGUCACGGCAGAUGAGGUGUCUGGCCGUGGUCAAGAUGCACACCACGGGUAUACAGACGCUCAGGUGGCUGGGGGACGACUACCUCUUCAGCAGCGGUGGGAACGAGGAGUUCAUGGUCUGGCGUGCCGUCCGGGGUCGCGGCGAGCGUAGCGGACUGCUAGGUGUGGUGCGCGAGGCCGUCUUCGACGACAAGAGUCCCGUCGGGGACCUGCGUAUAGUCGACUUUGACGUCGAGAGGCGAGCUGGGGAUGCCGUCACGAUCACCAUGGCCCUUUCCAGCUCAGCGUUUCGCACGUACCGCUAUGUCCGGCCCGCAGAGGCUUCGGCUCCUUCCCCUCCCCUGCAGGGGGCGUUCCAGGCUGUCGCGGGCGGUGCCUACACGGGAGCCUGCCUCACCCAGGUGCGACAUCUACCGGGCGUACCCGACUCCGUGGUGACGGCGUCUACGGACGGACACAUCUGCGUGUGGAAGAUGACUGCGGCGGAUGCGGCGGAUGCGGCGGAUGGGAACGGGCCCCUCCACGUGAAGAAGGUGUUUGCCGUGGCUCAGACUGUGCGAGUGCACCAGAGCAGCAUCAAGUGUCUGGACAUGGUGACCACGCAAGGGGACGGCGCGUACAGGUAUACGGUCCUCACGGGAGGUGACGACAAUGCACUUGGCGUGACGGUCCUGGACCGCUGUGCGGGAGAGAGCGGGAGCGAGAGGGACCUCGUCGUGGUGCCACGCAGCCGGGCUGUCGUGCGCAAGGCUCACGCGGCGGCGGUGAAUGGCAUCGUAGCCAGGAUGUCAGGGGGAGGAGGGAGAGGAGGAGAUGACGGGAGAAUCGUGGUGGUGACGGUGAGCAAUGACCAGCGCAUCAAGACGUGGGAGGUGCGUGAGGGGAGAGGUGUAGGGCUGCUGGGGGACGAGUACGGCGGUGUGGCGGAUGCCGGUGACGUCGAGGUUAUCCACGAUGACGGGGAGGGGGGAUUGUCGGUGAUUGUUGGCGGAGUGGGCGUUCAGGUUUGGAAGGUGAGGUGA